AUGAUCGAAGACGACAUUUACCGGUCUUCAUCCCAGUACCGACUGUGGUCCUACACCGAACCUUCUCUACAAUCUCUGCGGGCCACAACAAAUGCUGUUGCCAGCGAGCGCGUGCGCGCUGCCUUGCGCAGAUCCCGCGAAACUCACCAGUCGACCGCCUCCUCCGCCGCCGGAACACCACAACCUGGAAGCGAUAUAGACGGGAAAAGCAAAGAUGACAGGGAAAUUGAGUGCUUGACCCCAGAGGAGGAGCUGGUUCUCGUACGAUAUUACUGCGAAAAGACGCUGGAACUGGGGGACACAUACAAGCCACCAAUGCCGACGAUGGUUCGAGCCACUGCCAUUCAGUAUCUUCGCCGGUUCUACAUGACCAAUUCACCUAUGACAUACCACCCGAAGUCGAUCAUGGCAUGUGCGCUAUUUGUUGCUACCAAAACCGAGAACUAUUAUAUGUCUCUUCGACAUUUUGCAGAUGGUAUCCCCGGCGAAACAUCAGCAGAAGAUGUCAUUGCGCCAGAAUUCCUGCUCAUGCAAGGUCUCCGUUUCACCUUUGACGUACGGCAUCCAUUCCGGGGACUUGAAGGUGGCGUUAUGGAGUUACAGGCCAUCGCCCAAGGCCAUGGCCAACCAGCUCCUCAUCUACCGCAUGAGACUGCUGAAGAUCUCCAACAAGGAUUGCUAUCCAUAGCGCCCCCUCCUGUCCCAUCCUCAUCAAUGUCAGAUCGAAUUGCUCGGGCACACGGCACGACGCGUGAAAUAUUGAAAUCUGCCGCGCAAAUGACGGAUGCAUACUUUUUGUACACACCUUCUCAAAUUUGGUUAUCUGCGUUUCUACUAGCCGAUCGUCCGUUGGCCGAGUUCCUCCUCGAUGUUAAACUGGGUGGACCUGUCACAGCAACUAUCCCUGAACCUGAAAUGGACGAAAAUGGACUUGUGAAUCCUCUUUACGAGAUUCGGUCCAAAUUGCACCGUGUUUUGACAGAAUGCUCGGCUCUCCUCCAAUCAUACACGCCCCUCUCAUCUGAUCCUGCGCAGAUGAAGAGCCUCAAGCGCAUUGCAAAGAAAUUAUACCACUGCCAGAACCCAGAGAAGGUGAACCUGAAACGAGAGUCGGCUGCUGUCCAACCUGAUUCCGGGGUCGCCACUUCAGAGAGUGAAACGGAGCGAUUGGCAAAGAAGCGGAAACUGGAACAGGAGCAGAUGGCCCGACAGAGUAACGAUGUGUUUGGUCCAGAGUUGGUCACGCAGCGUACCAAGCAAUGA